CGCGGGCUCAGAUCGCUGAAGCAGAGGCCUGGGACGCUUCGCAGCCGCUGCCUGGAUUAUUCUUGCGGAGACACUUGCAGUUUCUCGCUGCCUUUUUUGGGGAGGAUUUUGCUGCCUUCCGAAGGUCUUGACGAACAGCUUGGGCUCGGUGGGAAGGCUUUGGGCUCUCCGGCCUCGGAUUUUGCAUUUUCUCCCUGGAAACUGUCGUGGGGCUGUUUUCCACUGUGGAUUAUAACUGCAACAUGACCCUGGAAGAGCUCGUGGCGUGCGACAACGCGGCGCAGAAGAUGCAGACGGUGAGCGCCGCGGUGGAGGAGCUGCUGGUGGCCGCGCAGCGCCAGGACCGCCUCACCGUGGGGGUGUACGAGUCGGCCAAGCUGAUGAAUGUGGACCCUGACAGCGUGGUCCUGUGCCUCCUGGCCAUCGACGAGGAGGAGGAGGACGACAUCGCCCUGCAGAUCCACUUCACGCUCAUCCAGUCUUUUUGCUGUGACAACGACAUCGACAUCGUGCGGGUGUCAGGCAUGCAGCGCCUGGCACAGCUGCUGGGCGAGCCGGCCGAGACCCAGGGCACCACCGAGGCCCGGGACCUGCACUGCCUCCUGGUCACGAACCCUCACACGGACGCCUGGAAAAGCCACGGCCUGGUGGAGGUAGCCAGCUACUGCGAAGAGAGCCGGGGGAACAACCAGUGGGUCCCCUACAUCUCCCUCCAGGAGCGCUGAGACCCCACCUGGCGUCGGAACCUGUUGCUGCCAAAAAACAAAACAAAAUAAAUAUUUGACCCCCCCCUCCCUCCCACAACAACAACCCCCCCAAACAACCCAACCCGUGAGAUCACCGGGGGCAGGAUCGUUGGAGGCUGAAGACAGGAGAGGGAGUGUGCGGCCACCCCAGGGCAGAGAGCCUGGAGCCGCGCCAGUGGCGGCCACCGCGGGAGGAGAAGGCGGGACCCGGGCCAGCAGGAGAGAGGACCCUGGAGCUCAGGCCUGGUGACAGAGCAGAAGCUGGAGUGGGGGAGCCGCUGCCCCCCCCACACACACAAAGAGGAGGGCCUGGACUCCACACUGCAGGGGUGGGGUGGGACUGACUGCACCCCCACCCCUUCUUGAGACCGGAGCUAACAUCUGCACACGGCCUUGGGUGGCUGAGGGUCUGCACCCCGGCCAGGACAAUACCUGGGGACUUGGGAGCUGGGGCCGAUGUUGCUCCGUCCCCAUGAACUGCCAGCUUGCAAACUGAGUAGACAAUCUAUUUUGUUACUUGAACCACUGAAAGAAAGAUGGGAAGCUUAUAGAUAUAUAUAUUUUUACUUCUACUAUGAUGGCCUUGUAAUAAAUUUUUAAAGCUUC